AUGAAGGCCACACGAGUUCUGCUGACUUUCCAAUUGCUGGUUUGUUCGAUAACCGCAAUUUUGGGCUGUCAAACGAGGUCCUGUCAUCCUUUUACGGGCUUAAACAAUUGUUUCGACACUGGCGGCAAGGAGCCCAGACUGCCACCUCGGGAUAAUACCUGCUGUGGACCCCACUGCGUCUACAAGCCUCCAAAUCCUCAAAGCUGUGGUCCUUGCAAUCGCACCGCCAGAACUCGUUGUCUCCUGGACACACAUUGUGGUGGCGGAAUGGCCUUCACCUUUGAAAGUCUUUCCGAUUGCGAUCUGAUCAAGAAAAAUGCGGAAAGGCUAAAAGGCGGAUUUGCCCGUCUCAUUUCCUUCCCUUGGGAUCAAAAAAGAUGCCUGGGCAUGAAUACAAAGUGUGGCAUAAAUUGCUGCUGCCGUGAGAAUUGUCCAAAACAGUUUUGUAAAUUUUAA